AUGGUCUGCCAAGAAGCUAUUUGGGAAGCCUUCAAAAUCUUCUUGGACAGACUCCCAGGACAAGAAGAAUAUCAAAAGUGGCUAAAUGAAUGUGAAGCAGGAACUGUGAAUAUAUUUGAAAUGGGCACCAAUUUUAGUCAAUCUGAAGAAUAUCAAAGCCUCAUAGCAAAGAAAGUGUCCUAUACUAAAGAAGCAAUAGACGGGAUGUCAACUCCAUCUCCAGUUGGUGAUACUACCACUCUGAGAGAUAUAGUUGCUAGUAUUCCUCCUCCUCCUGAUGUGGUCUCAACUGAUAGUCAUUUGGACAGAACUGAAAAAACAGAAGAUCAUGAAGUCAGUAAUGAGAUAACAAGAGAUUAUACAAAACUAAUGAAGUCUGCUCAUGAGCAGUUGGUUGUAUUCAGUAUUCUUCUUCCUGAAGAGAAAUACAUCAAUGAGCUAAGCGACCCUUCCACUGAAGAAUACCAACAACUCUCUCAGCAAUUUAUUUCUGAAAUUCAGAAUGCAUAUGAAGGACUGCCUGGAUUUAAGAAUAUCCAUGUAACUGAAUUCAGGGUAGAAGUCCUGUAUGCUGUGGUUUUUGACAGGGAAGCAAUGAGCAAUGUUAUCUGGGAUUGGAUUAACCUCCAGCCAAACAAAGUGGAACAGAACUCCUUUUCAGAAAUUGAAGACAACUCUACAGUUGUUUAUACAGAUAGUGACUUCAGACAUUACAUUGCUGAGAUCCUCCAUAAGAACAUUCUAUUUGAAAAUGCUUCAUUGUCCUUGGAUCCUGGUUCUCUCCAACUUAUUAAUGUAAAGGAAGUGGCUGUUUCCAUGACUGAAAUCCCAUCAUGGAUUACUGCUAAACCCAUUGAUGAUGAUGAUGCCAUAGUAUCUGAAUGGCCUUCUGCUGAUAAGUCAACUGCAAGCAACAUCUUGCCCUUUGACUUGCCAGGACCAGAUCUUAUCUUUGAUAGUGACAAUAAUGUGUGGAUAAAACCAGAUGGUUCUGUGGACUCUGAAAGUGUUCUCAAUUCAAAAACUGAUAUCACCAUUUCCCCAGAAGAUUUGCUUUUUAUGGAUGAAAAAGAAAAAAUACAUCCUGGGACACCGUUGUUCUUUGAAACUGAUUCCCAUAUAGACUUGGAAAGUCAUUCUAAUUUGUCUUUGUUAGACAUUGGACUUGAAAAAGAGAAAGAGGUGGAAGGUUUGCUUGUGCCUUCAACUAUUUUCCCUCACAUUGUGCCAAAAGAAAUUCUACCUACAAGUGAUUCUGCAUUUCCUCUCAGUCUUACAUCACCAACAGCCUCUGUUUUAGCAGUAGAGCCUAGCACUGAGGAAGAAUUACUUACAACUUCUUUAAAAGAAGAAACUCAGCAAUCGUCUAUAAAUAAAGAAAAGGAUACUAUUGAUUAUUAUGGUUCUGGUUCAGGACAGCAGCCACAAACCAACUUAGAGACCUGGGCGAAAACUGAGGGAUCUGGUAUGCCUGACUAUAAUGAAACAUAUUUUACACCAUAUUCUCCAAAGGAUGACAUAAUUCGGGAUAUACUAGAUGCAACUAUUUCCCAAUCAUCUCUUGACACAGAAGUCACCUCAGAUGAAAGAGUUGUGCCAUCUACGGAAAUAUACAGCACAAUAAAAUUGCCUUCCACAGAGGGGAAUGAAAUCAUUUCUGAAAUAACAGAAAUCAAUGACUUAAUAUUAACAGAACAGUCAUUAAAAAAUCAGUCAUAUACAACCAUUACAAGAAAAGAAUUAGAAAAGCCGGAAAUAAUUUUAUCAGCAUAUUCUACUAUGGAAAGCCCAGUGAUCCAAUCACCUGAACCUGAAAAAGACUUGGUCACAAAAGAACUGGAAGUUACAGAUCAAGCCUAUGAAGUCACAACUUAUUAUUCCCAUGAAAUGAACUGGGAAAACGGAAUUGUGAUUGAUAGUCAUGUAGAAUUACCAACCAAUCCCCAUUCUACUGAAAUGGUUGGGAUAUCUAGGAUUACUCCUGAAAAUCUCAACAACGUAACUAUCCCUGCACGUGCUUUAGUUGUAUUCUUUAGCCUUCGAGUUACUAACAUGAUUUUUUCAGAGGAUUUGUUUAACAAAAAUUCCCCUGAAUAUAAAGCUCUGGAGCAAAGAUUUCUAGAACUGCUGGUUCCUUAUUUGCAAUCAAAUCUAACUGGCUUCCAGAAUCUGGAAAUUCUGAACUUCAGGAAUGGUAGUAUUGUGGUUAACAGCCGAAUGAAAUUUGCACGGCCUGUGCCUCGCAAUGUCACAAAUUCUGUGUACAUGAUUCUGGAAGAUUUUUGCAACACGGCCUAUCAGACUAUGAACUUGGCUAUUGAUAAGUACUCUCUUGAUGUUGAAUCAGUUCUAGUUUGUAGAACCCUCUCCAGCACAGAUAUUGAAUAUUUAUUGCUCAGAGUGAUAGAGAACUCAUUUCAGAUGGCGUUUAAAAAAGUACAGAGGAACUCUGCACUGCAAGGAGACAGUCUUUCAUCCAUUGAAUAUGCAGUGAAAUACAAUCCAAUGUAUGAAAGUGAUACCACUGGAUACAGCCACUAUUAUCGGAGAUGUCCACAGCUAACUUCAUAUAGCUCCACAAGCAAUGAGACAUCCACUGAAUAUAGCAGUGAGGAGAUCAAACAUAUUUAUGACAAAGAAUUAAGUAAGGAGGAGAUUCAGGACAGAAUAAGGAUUAUAGAACUUUAUGCCAAGGAUCAUCAGUUUGCAGACUUUGUAAAACGACAUCAAAUGUGA